AUGGACACUUACGUCAGGUUAGUCUUAAAAUUUGAAAAAUCUUCAAAAAUGAGUACCACUCCUUCGAAAAUAGGAAAAAUUGUUUUCGUGACCUGAAAUUUCUUCUUCCAUCUUCCAAAUAAUUUUCCUUUUUAUUGCUUUCUGACCCUCUUAUUUUUUAUUAUCGAACCGUUGAGCUUCUAUCUGCAUCUUCGCGAUUUUGUUUUUAAAUUUUUCCAGCGUAAACUCGUUCAAAAUUAGUAUUCAAAGAUAGUCAAAAAAAUUUCCGAUGGCUUAAAAAAUUCUGAAGUUGACAUGAAUGGAAUAAUUCAGUUUCUUGGUACCGUAAAUUACACUACCUUCGUUUUUCAUCUUUCAUUUUACUGAUAUAACUUCUAAAUUCUUAUUAUAACAGUUUAUUUUUUCAUGUCAAUGAACAGACAAAAGCUCUCUAAAAGUGUCGCCAAUCUGCUGAAAACCAUGGGAAAUUCUGAAAAUGGCUCAAAACAGACCCAUGUUUUGUUAUCGAAUAUUACCAUGGUUAGACGUUCUUUGUGGUUUUUAGAGAAGCGAAUUUAAGAAUCCCACUCUUGAAAAUAAGAAAUUCUUCCGUUUGAGGAUGGGUUCUCUAUCCUAUACUUCAACUAAUUUCGAAGCCACUCUUUAAAAAAAUUUAAAAGUUUCGAGCAUUUAUUAUAUAGUAUAUAUAGUACGAGCAUAUAUAGUAUAUUUCGAGCAUUUAGCGUUAUAAAAACUUCCAUUUCAAAGAUGAACAUCAAAGUUCUUCAAUGUGACCCAUCCGGCAAUAAGUCUUCCAGCCGAACUUCUGUUUAGGUUGCUCAGGAGUCAUCUGUCACCCCAACGGAGAAAUAUCACGGUGUCUAUCAAAUGUUGCUCUGCUGUAAUAUAAACUUGCACUCUCGGGUUAACCCAAUCACAUAAUUUCUCUCUUUUUUCCGACAACAGGUGCUCAUCUUUUGCUCUUUAGCUUCUUUGCAGAAAAUCGUGCCCUUUUGAAAGGAAAAGGAACGUGUAGGAAUAAAUUGUACCUUGGGAGGGUCUGACGGAUAUGAGAAGCACUAUAUCAGAGAAGAUGGACAAGUCAUUCGAGGGCCCAGUCGCUUACCUAUUCAUGUCCUUUGCCAGUUUAUUCGUCUUCGCUUUCUCUGAAUCACCUCGAUGCUUUCAUCCUUGAAAAAUUCAUCGAAGCACAAAAAGAAAAGUUUUUUGGAGCUCCCAGUGAUAAAAUGAAGACAGUACUUUCGGAUUUCUCUCGAGUACCCCCACAACAAAAAUUUCGAAAAUAAACUUCAGAAUUUUUGAUUUUGGCUCUAAAAAAGUUUUAUCUGUUAGAAAUUAAGAAGAGGAAAUAAUGGCUGUAACAGAUAAAUUGAAUAGCGAAAACUUGUCACGGAGCUUGAAAAUUCACUUCGAAGUGAUCACUUCAAUUUGAUUAAAACUGCGCGGGACAGUGCGCAACGGUUGCCACUCUGCGUCGUUCUGCUGGAAAUCUCGCCUUUAUUUUUUUUUUUACAAAAAUUCAAAUUUUACGAUCAGAGUUUAAAGUUUUUGUGUUUUUUUCCAUUGAAUCUGUAUUUUUUUUCUUUUUGAUGAACAUAUAAUAUUGGUAAGUUAAUCAAAAUCGUUUUGAAUCAUUAAUACCGCAAUGUAAAUUUUAAAUGUGAGUAAUAAAAAAAUAGCUUCAUUUUUUUAUAACUCUUCUAUAGAUUUGAAAUCAUAAGUGGAGGCCCAGUUCUUUGUAUUAACUUUUAAUUUUUAAUUUUUUUUCAUACUCAAGCUCGUAUUUUCUUUCGAAACUUGCUUCAGUUUAGCAUCGGCAGCUGUUUUUUAACAGAAAUAUUCCAAUUUAUUUUUUUUUCCAGUUGUAGAUUGGAGAAGAAUCGUCACUAUGAGGUCGAGAUCUGCAGGGUGAUGGACGUCAAGCAGAAAUGUCGCGAUGUGAGUCCCACUUUUUUUUGGAUUUUUUUCUUUUAACCAAAAAUCCGUCAAAAAAAUUUAUUAUAAAAAAAGUUGCAAUAGCCCUAAAAAAAUACGUUUUUCAAAAAGUUUCUAUCUGUGGUGAUUCACUUAGCCAACAGCUGGAUGAUUAGCAAAAUCGUGAUUGGUUGGAAGUUUUUCGAGUCGCCGGGGACCAUUUACGCGCUGUUUUGUCCUCAGCUUUGGUCUUUUGCGGUUGCAAAAGAGCCGAAUUGGAAGCCGACGUCUUCUUGAUGAGACCAGGAAAUUUCAUUGCAAUUCCGCUGUCGGAUAAGACUCUCGAGUGUUCGGCUCACGUGUUCCUGAGUUAGUGCGGGUAAUUGGGGAAAAUAAGAAGUCUGUUGGUUUUUUUUGUAGCCUGCAGAAUGGAACUUGUGGCUUUCUUUAUUUUUUCUUUUUUCAAAUAUGAUAUAAUCUGUUGAAAAAUUUUCUUUGCAUUCGAUUAAAUUUUUCGAUGACGAUUUCGGACUUCUGCGGACGUUUUUUUUUAGGUUUUAAGAAUUAUAAUAUUCAUCAUUUUGAACAUGAAGGUCUUCGUUCUUGGCACAUCUUGGCACACGAUUUGGCCAAACGAGUCUUGAAAAUACUUAGCAAAAAUUGAGAAUCCGGCAAACUUCAAGGCUUCCUAGUUUGCUAUUCGAAAAAAUGAAGAAUUCACAGAGUAUUAUUUUAAUUUUUUCAGGCCUGUUCCACUAAAUUUAAAUAUUUUGAGUAGAUUCACCUUCCCAUUAAAGCUUUUUUCAAACCUGAAUAUUUCCAUUCAGAAUUCGAAGCUACCCAUUGAAGCGUUCUUCUUGCCUAUUUCUUUGUCCGAUUCGAACAUGGAGUCAAGUGACAACAGUAUAGAUCCGCAAUAUUAUUAAGUGCGUGGAGGGCCGCCGCGGCUCGAAUUUCGCCGCACUUUUGCUCCACUUAUCAAGCGUACAGCCUUCAGUCCGUCAUUUCCUGACGCCAGUUCCUCCAGAAAAGGAUGAUCUUCCGGAUUGGGAAAAAAAAGAUGAAAAGAGCGACCCCGGCGGCCGGAUAAUGCGAUUGUCUCCGUGCACUAGGCUCCAAUUGCGGAGAGUUCACACGUCGUCUUCUUUCUUUCUAAUUACACUUUUUCGAGUUAUGAAAGGUCGAAGAUGGCUUGAGCAAAGUAAAUACACCAAACACUUGAAGAGGUCUCUGGGGUCUCGGAUUUGUGGGCGUGUACUGGGUUCACACUAGAAUAGCUUCGUGUUCUACGUGAUUUCUGCGAGUUGAAUGAGUUUUUGAUGAAGAACCUGACUAGAAGCUAAUGAAUAUUCCGAAUGGUUAUGAAGAGAAAGGAAUGGAAAUAAAUCGAUGAAAAAAAUAAGUUCCAAAUAUAAUUUUUCUUUUUUUAAACCUCUGAAGUUGAAUAAAUUAUUUAUAAAAAGGACGUCGGUUUUUUUCUAAGGGUGAAAACUAUAAAAAUUUGAAGAAUAACAAACUUUAUCGAUUUUUUUACCUUUUUCAAAGCCAUUCAAAAAGUGGAAUAGCCAUAUCAAACCCCAGUUUCAUAUUUUUUUAUUUCCUCAAUACAGGUUUCGAAUUAAAUGAACAGUUAUCAAAAAUAGUUUUUUUCUUAUCUUUUUGGUAUUCAAAUUGAUCGGUCUGAGAAAAAAAGGGUUGGUUAAAAUGUGACUCGUUUUAAUUUCUCGAACAGAUGCUUAAGAAAUUUUAAGAGGCUUUGAACCAGAAAAACUCGAAUAAAAGAGUGGUUUCAUUGUUGGUGAUUAUUUUGAAGUUCAACAAAAGUUGAUGAUUUCGAUGAAUAAAUAUAAGAAUAACUAUUAUAGAUCUGGUAGGGAAUUAGUUCAAAAAUAAAGUCUAUUGGUAAUUUGAAGGAAAAUUUCUGACAAUUCUUAGAAAAGGCGGCAAACAUAUCUGGAAUUUAUUGGUUAAUAAUUGGACAAGCAAAACUUAUUUUUUGGGAAUCUACCAAAAAGUCUGUAAAUUCUUCUUACUUAGUUUCUGUUUCAUAUGAUUUAGUUUUCAAAAAAACUGCGAGAAACAGAAAGUACCUAACAGAGAAGAAGUCGAAAAGGAGGCCGGCUGCCUAUAAAAGGAUGGGAGAGGUCCAGUCGGACACGCCCCUCCGGAGACGACUUCCGAGGCAUUUCUUUCGACGCCGCCGCUGCCUCCUUUUCUCUCUUAAUUCUUUGUCAUUUAAUCAGCUUCCAAUGGUCUUCCAUUCUCAAACGGCGCGAGCCUCGAAGAAGAAAAUCGACCUCGCUGAGGUAACCCUUUUUUUCGAGUUUUCGUCCACGAGGAAGUCGGAACAAAGCUGUUUUUCACUCCCUAAUACGUUUGAUGACAUCCAUUCCACGCUUCUCAGGCUUAGUACAAGGAAGUACCGAGAAAACAAUUAAAUAAAUCGUGGACAGUAAAUUUAGCUGGUGUAAAAUCCAAAUAAUGGUCUUGCUUUUUUUUUAAAGUUUUUUAUCCCUGUAGACGUGAAGACGUUUUUUUUAAGUUAGGAAUUUCAGUCUCGAAAACUCAUAUUUCCUCGAUUAAAAGGGUUACUAGGAUUUCUUUAAAAAAAACUAGGGGCAAUUUUAUAAGUUAAUAUCGAGCUAGAAAGGUAAAGGUUUUGAGUAUAUUGCAAUAACUGCGUCCAGUAUCAUUUGAAGGAACUAUCAAAUAAAAGUUACAGAAUGGUUAACGAUAACAAUUGAGUUCUCAGUUUAUUCGGCUUCAAAACGACCUUUUUCGUACUUUUCUGAAACUUUUUCUGCGGAAAGGAGCACUCGUUCAGCCACAUCUAUGAGCUCUCCUCUUGCCAUAGAAUCCGGAAAACAAAAAAAAAGCUACAUCGAGGCGUUUAUCUCGUUGGGCGGAAGAUCAAAAAGUAAGAAUGGAAAGAGAAAAAAAGAGCCCGAAUAAUGAGUCGACGUGAUAAGGGCGGUGAAUUUUCGGGAGCCUCGGGGGAGUCCGGCGGAUGGACAUGUGACCUUCGACGUUCCUGGACUCGCUGGAGAAUUCCUUCCAUGGCUACAUUACGUUCUCCUCCUCUUUUUCUUUGCUUUCCGAAAGCUUCUCGAGGGAGGAUGACGUAGUUAGAGCUCAUUCACUCUUGUAUGACACCUUUUUUUUUGAAUUAAUUGAAAAUCUAUUUUGCGAACAUAAUAAAAAGACUGAGAGCUAGAACGAAGUUAUUUUCUCGAAAAAAAAACUGAAGAUGAGUGGAAAAGCCCAUAAAGAUGAUGAAGGACAGAGCUAAGGAGCUUUUGAAAGAAAUAUUGUGCUUUACCGAGGAAUUUUCUGGCGGAUAGCUCUCUCUUUCUCUCAUUCACCUCCGGGAGAGUUAAUUUUUGCAGAAAACAAAAUGAGUCUAGAAAGUGUUUCCUUUUUUACACAAUCCAGAAAAUCCGUGUUUUAGAAAAUAAGCAUCGUUUUGGAUUGGAUGAGUGUAUGGCAAGGAAUCUUGAGUUUCGAAUAGAUUUUCACGUCUUUUUUGCAGUUGGCCCCGUACGCCUUGCAUCUGGCGAUGGUCGGCGCCGUGGCGGUGUACGUGGUCGCCGGAGCGUUCGCCAUCCGACAAAUUGAGGGAACUCUGCGACAAGAUCUUCAGGUUCUCUUAAUAAAUCAUUUUGUUGUAUUUUGAUCCAUCUCAGCUUGAUUUUUGUCCAAAAAGUUUUUUUUUACAAAUUCCCUUACAAAACAGUUUAAGAAAACUGAUAUUAUCAUUUUUGGUACUAGAAAUUGGUGUGGAGACUCCUUCAAGGCUCAAAUCAAAGAAUAGAUCAAAAACCGUGAAAAGUUGUUCAGAAGACAACAAAGUAAGAACUGUUGUUGACCUCCAGAAGACAUCUUCUAAUAGUGUCUCGCUGCAAGACUCGGGCGGGAAAUUCGAAUUUGUGAGAUUCAGACGCAACUGCAGGAGCCGACGAGCGACGUCGCCUCGAGACGGAAGCGAUACGAGGAGCCGCAGACCCUCCCACGUGCGUUUUUCUCCCCUUUUCUGUCUUUUGCUUCCACCUUUGAAGGUUCGAGUUUCCCGGCGUGACGGAGUGAAAAGGAUUACUUGUGAAAUUCAAUCUCGAGAAAAAGUAGAAUAAUUUCAUGGGAACUCCUUUCAAGAACGCGAAAAGUCCCCUUAAAUUUAAACGGGUGUUCAAACGUCGAAAAGAAAAGUUUUGGAGUGGAAAAAAAUCAUUCAUUUCUGAUAGCUGAUUUUACUAUCAAUAACAUUAAAAUUUGAAAAGAGUAAAAAAUAAUUGUUCAAUAGGCUGUAACUUUACGUAUAAUCAAAUUUGACUAUGAAAUUAAAAAUUCUUCCAAGCUCUUCAUUAACAGAAUCAUCUCCAAAACUUUCUUCCUUUUUUUCGUGUUUUUUAUUUAAUUAUUUCUGAUAUUUUUGGUUCUUCGUCUCUAUGUGUAACUUAUAAAAAUAUUUUAUACCCUUUUGAAUUAAUUCAAACGAAAAAUUCUAACAUGGGGCUCUCCUUUAUUAAGCCGUCAAUUUCUAAAACGAAAAAAUCGGCUGAGAGCUGACUUUUCAUUCAAUUUAAUUCAAAUCCGUUGCUUGAAUAUUAUAGAAGAAUUAGGCUUGCAGUUUCCAGAAAAAAGUCCCCUCUCCAAAACUGAAAUUAACAGCUCAAAUGCAUUUUCAUACAUUUUCCAGUAGGUUUAUCAUUCGAAAUAUUCUUUCAAGACACCCAUUCCAAAAAAAAGAUUCUGCGGUCCACUUUCUUGAGUUUUUUCAACCCAAAGUACACUCUUAAAGAGGGAAAAAAGAAGUGAAUGAUGAGGUCCGGGGCCUCGAAUUCGUGUCCAAAUGGACGAAAACAUUGGCUCUUCUGGGGCCUCGUUUGUCAAUCCGUCGUCCAAAAAUCCGUUCGCAUGUGUCACUAUAUUUGGCAGACAACGCCUCUUCUUUUUUUCUCAAAAGCUCAUUUCAAUGAGGAAUUUAGUGGACGACCUUUAAAAUGUCCAAUUUCAGGGGAUGCGACACGGCGAUGUGUCGCCGAAGCUCUGCAAAAAAUCGCCGCUACGGGCAACUGCACAAAAAUUUUUGUGAGUCUUGCUCAUGAGAAAAAUUAAUUAAUCGAAAAAGAAAAGAAAGAGCAACAGAAGAAAAACUAAUUUCUCUCUAUUAAGUUGUCGGGUCGUCAUGUGCGGUGUUCCCAAAGACGUAAAAGCUUUUUUUGCAAAAAAAUCAUUUUGACGAAAAAAAUGAGCAUUUCGGCAGGAAGACUUUUGUUUUAAAACAAAAUUUGAAAAUCAUCCAAAAAAUGUUAUCAGUCAUAUCGUUUUUUUAGUAGCCUUUUCUGAAGUCUGUUAUGACAAGACGAUGUUCAAACAACUAUUGUGUUUUUUUGGAAAAAAAUAAAAAAAUAAAGGUUGGAAGUGACACAAUUUUUUUGUUUUUUUCCUGCUUUUUGACUUCUCAGGAAGAAAUUAGCCGGCUACAUGAAAAAUAAGUAAUGGCUAGAGGUCCAAAAAAAUGGCCGAAAAAAACUGAUAAAAUAAAAACGAUCUUUUCUGAUGAAAAAAAGGCUUAAAUAACAUAAACUUUAAAAAAAGAAGAAAUUUUAGAGUUCUUUCAAACACGUUCCGAUUUAUAGUACUUGAAAGGCGGUUAUUUCAAAAUUCGGAAACCAAGAUUUUUUUUCAAUUUUCAAUCGGAGAAAGACAAAAACUAUCCAUUAAAUUUCCUGUAAAUAUGACUUUCAUUGCUUCGUUUUCUUUUUUCCUUUUUCGAAUGUUAAAUUAAAUUUUCAGCAAGAGUUGCACGUGCUGGACGCCUGUUACUACGACCGGCUGAGUCAUGGCGCGGCGUCGGCGACUCCAGACGCCGAAGGUGAGCCCGAGAUGGUCCCGAGGGACUUCCUUUCCUUCAAAUAGAAGCCGCUCCGCCUGGGGAUAGUUAACGCUCGAUUUAUGGAGGCCAUGAAACUUUUGCGCGUAUCACAACUUUCGGGAUUCUUUUUUUCGUCGAAGCAUUUGAGAACCAUGAUAAUUUAUCUCAAGGAGAUCUUUGAGACCAUAUAUGACGACUUCACAAACUGUGGAAAGGCAUUUUUAUUUCUUAAAUUAUUUUCGAGGUUCUCGAGUUUUCGAGGGGAGAGGGGGUCAUUUUGGCAAAUAGUAAAACUUCCAAAAUCCACAUAUAGCUAGACGGAAAACAAGAUGAAAGGAAUAAAUGACAUAUUUACUCUCGAAUUUUCUUCUAGAAAACAUCUCCAGAGUCCCACAGGACUUCUUGACCACUUGAAUGUUUUCAGGGGACCUGACAACUGAUGUGACUUCUUGACCAUUUUGUUUUGAACUUGCAAAAAAUACUUCCGAGUAGAAUCUGCAAAAAAUAUCAUGGCGUUUUCCAGUCUCGGUUGUGAACUUGAAGACGUCAAACUCGUCGAAAGGGGAAGACCAAGACGUCUACGUCUUCUGGACCGUCAUGGACUCGGUCCUCUUCUGCUUCACUGUCAUCACUACCAUAGGUGAGGGGCGAAAACAAGGAGAAAGAUUCAAGAUAAAACGAAAGUUGUGAAAAAAUAGGGCUCUUAUUCAAGACCUGGAAAAAUAAUAUAUACGAUUGGUUUUUCAUAGUAUAGUUUCGGAAAAUAAUAUUCGUAAGUUUUUGUAAAAUUUGACGGAAAUCCCAUUCCAGUUUACCAGUUAAAAUAUGGCAGCGUCUGAUUUUUGACUCCGACUCAGACCAAUUCCCUUGAUUAAGACCGAUUCUCUCGUUUUACGCAGUAAAUAACCUCCUUUAGGAUAUAGACUACCUAGUUUUCCUUUCACCAACAAAAGUGAAAAAAUAAUUAUGAUUUCGGUGUUUCAAAUAGAUUUAAACCGCAACGCGACUGCGCCUAUUCGAACCAUUCCAAAUGCGACCAAGUCUUAAGCCCAUCUUGCUGCAGGAUACGGUAACGUGGCGCCGCGAACGUUUUACGGACGGCUUUUUGUGAUUUUGUAUGGACUGGUGGGAGUGCCGUUCACGAUGUUGGCCAUCGCCAACCUCGGAAAGUUCUUGGCGACCCUCCUGAAAUCCUGGGCGCGUCCAUUCGUCCGAUGCUUCCGGUUGGUUGAAAUGAUCUUUCAGUAGUAGACAAACUCAAGCGUUAAUCAUUUAUUUAAACUUAAUUUUGAAACUUUUUCCUAAAAUGAUCAUCGAACUUUGUGAAUUUACAGUAAGCUGAAAAAUAAAUGUUGUGGGAGCAAGGAGGACACGAACAAUAAUGAAGCCAAGGAAAAGCAGCAUCUGAUGGAAAAGUCAAGGAAAAAGGUCGGCUUUCGGAUAUAAUUUCCAUCUUGACAGUAUUUUUCAGGCCAAAAAGAUUGAGGAAGACAAUUCGAUGAGUGAAGACGACGAGGAGCCCGAAGAAAACGAAGGUUCGAUCUUACACAUGUUCAAAUUUAUACUUUACCUUCAGAAUACGACACAUUCAUUCUUUUUCUGGCCUUCGUGAUCUACAUCGUCGUCGGCUCCCUCGUGAUAGCCGCCUACGAACCAGAAAUGGACUUUUUCGAGGUCGGACCAAUCUUCGAGAAAUUUGUCAUCGUUCAGGAUGUUGCUAAGCUGAGAACAUCGUGUUUGAUCUCCAGAGUGCCCUUGGAGCAACUUUCCAACCGAGAGAACCGCUCCCACUCAAAAAAGAGCGCAAAAGACAUAACUCAUCGGGUUGCAAAAAAAAAGACGCUUGUUUUUGGCGAAUCAAGGGUGGACGCGACUUGUCACUUUGGCGCCGGCGCGGAUUAUGGGGCCAAGGAAGCAGUGAAAAAUUGGCUUUCGCUUAAAACCUCUUGCCGGAUUUGCUUUCCGGAGCAUCGCGUGUACCUAUUUUUCAAAACUGAGAAAAAUAACCCGGAAGAGGAUUCAUUUCUUUGGAAGUCAUUUUUCUGGUUCAGGUUUCAUUUUAUCUAUUAUCAGCAGUUAACAUAGGGAAAACGCAAACACUCAGAAUGGACUUAAAAAUAUGUUGCCUGAACAUUUAUCAAUAGUUCAAAAGACCUUAUUAAACUUCAAUAGCCUUAUAUUGGAAUUUAUUUCUAACUUUUGAGAAAAAAACUUGAUAAGAACGGUUGAAGAAGUUAGAAAGAAAUUCCUAAUGAGGAUAAAAUUUAAAGUUUUCAAGGUUUUGGAAGGUCCUUGAAUACUUUUGUUGCUUUUUUCGCAAUUAUUCCCAUGAAUGAAAGAAAAUAUGUACGUUUAAUGGGAGAAAAUCAAAAUAUUCGAACUCAUAUACCUUUUAACUUCAUUUUUUUUUCCAGGCAAUCUACUUCAAUUUUGUCACAUUGACAACCAUCGGAUUGGGUGAUUUGGUGCCUCAGAGCCAGACUUACUUGGUUCGUUCUAUUAAGCACUCUCUGAUUUUUAUGAAUUCUUCUUCGUUUUGUUGAAUAAAGAGACGUUUCAGGUGAUCACUCUGAUAUAUUGCGCGGUCGGUCUGGCCCUGACGACGAUCGCGAUAGAAAUCGCGGCGGACACGCUCAAAAAACUGCAUUAUUUCGGCCGGAAACUCGACAACGUGGCCAAUGUUCAAGUUUGGUUCGGAGGCAAAAAGUAAUUUCGAAUCUUUUUAUUGCUUUGAAAAAUAAGAAAAAUGUCAAGGAUAUCGAUGAAGGCGCUGGUGAAGAACCUCGGCGACCAGUUCAACGUUCCGAUCGAGGAGCUGGAGAACCUCGACCUGGGCAAGUUCGUCGACGACGCGAUUGCAGUCGAAGAAGGCGCUCUGGCCACUCUUCGUGUCUGUUUUUUGCACAUUUUUCAGUUUUUCUGCAAUUUUGAGAGAGAGCCGAUAAAACUAUUCACUGGAAAAAAUUUUUCAAUUUUCCGAGUUUCCAACCUUUUCUUGCGAGUUUGGAAAUUUGUGAUUUUUUCAAAUAACUUUCCGAAGUUGUCCUCGAGACCUGAUUCCUCCCAGUCAUCCUAGCUAAUAAUCCUUAUUUCAAAGAAAGUGAAAAUCCGUAAAUUGUUGGGAUCUCAAGAAGUUCAUAUUAGUAGAAUAGAAAGAUGAGGACAACAUUAUUUGGAGUUACGACUUUUGCAAACCAUCCUAAAACAAACUCUGAAAACAUGUUUUUAACGAUUUUUAACUUGCAAAAUAUAAGAAGCCUCGACAAAGGUAAAAAUUAAACUUUGAUUCAUAAAGUAUAGUUGGGCCACGAAAAACCUAUGAUGUGAUUUUCAAACUUUCGAAGUACCCAAAAAGUUGAACCCUAGAAAUUUUCUUCAUUUGCAGAACGAACGCGCAUGGAUGAACUCGAACUACUGGAGGGCGAUCGAGAGCGGCUCGAUGCAUUACGUCGACGACGACGACCUCGUCACACUCCGCUCCAACCGUAACUAUUACUCAGAGUUCUGAGAGACGGGCUUUUCCCGGGCUCUUCCCGGGAGUCUUGCGGGUCUCUUCUCUAUCCUUGCUGCCUUUAUUUGGACGAUGUCCGUUCGUAAACGCAUGAGUUGCCUGCGUAUUUUCAGGUUUUCCAUCUGUGUUAUUCAUCGUGAAGAUAUGACUUAUUGUAUGGAUGUCCCCAAAUAUGCCUCAUUUUCUCAAUUCUACUUCAUUGCUCUGCCGAAAAGUUUAAGGAACCUUGCCAGUCCAUUGAAUGUUUUCUAAACCUUAUGGUUAUUCAUCAUCUCUCCUCAAUCAUAAAGGACCUCACUCAAUUAAGUUUCGAUCAAAGAAUAAAACGAAGCAGAGACGGAAAAUUUGUUCUCUAUCUAUCUUCCUCAUUUAUCUCUGUCGUUUAAAUCUUUCAAUUCUCGAAUAGAAUUAAAGUGCACUUGAAGCGGCGCUCCUGCAUGUUACGCAAGGAAGAUGUUGUAAAAGAGCACGUUUCCCCCAUUAUCGAUAUAACCUGUAUCUGUGAAUAAUCAUCAUGAGAUCGUGUGUUGCAACUGGAAGUUUGAAUCGUGUGAUUCAAUAAAGUGUGUUUCCAGUGCAGAAUCGCAGGCAAAGAAUUUUUUUAAAAAAAUAUUAAAGUUUUUUUCUUAGAUUUGAAAGAAAAAAAUAUUUCAACGUUUUAAAGCUUCAGCUCACAAGAUAAUCGUUUUUUUUUCUAACAAGAAAAUAGUUCGAGGUCAUUUUUUCUCAAUAUUUUCGCGAAUAGCAGUCAUUUCAAUCUGAGCAUGAAUUUCUCAUUUGUAUUAAGCAUGUUGCUACUUCGAAACAGUUUUUCUCAAACUGAAAUUCUAUUUCAUUAAGGCAGCAUUUUUCGAAAAGGGAUUCUCUUUCAAAAAUCGUCGAACCGUUUCAGUAUCAGAAAGCGAGUCUCGUCAAUUUCUUCUAUCGGUGGCGCCUUCGCGGCCGUCGUCCGUCCAGCUGGUGACCGUGUGCCACGCUCCUUGCGUCCCCAGCCCACUUCUGGAAACGCCGCAGACGACGUCAUCCAGCGAAGUCGUCAACGAAUACAUCGUCCGCGCCGUCGUUCAGAUGCAGCCGGUGAGUCUUUCUUCAUCGAUUUGAAGCUCUCAAGAGUUAAGGCCUUCGGAGAAAGUGAGAUGCGGAAAAUGUCUGUUUCCCCUGACCUGGAGCAGCUUCUCCAAGCGCAUCGGAAGAAUCAACAAGGUAAGAAACUUUGCCUCGACAGCUUCUGACUGAAACUUUUGCAGAAGCGCGGAAGAAUGAAGGUCGAUGGAGCGAAGAAGCCUUACGAAGAUACGAAGAGUAUAGGAAAACAUGGAAGAAGUUUCGCCAUACACAGAGAAAGAAAUGA